UAUGUCCCAGGUAAAGACAUCUAUCAAAUGUACUGGUGGAGGACCAAAGCCUCCUAGCCCAGAUCCGGAAACAAUAGACAUCUUAAGUAUGAUUCCACAGGAAUUUGAAACAGAUUCAAAUAUCUUCGACAGUGACAGCAUAGCGAAUCAAGAGGUGGAAUGUGUCAUGUCAACACAAGAGUAUGUUCUCACUCCAUUAGAUAAGAAAGAGAAUGUGGAAGAGAAUAUCACACCACAACCUGUGAAGAAGAUUAAUUUAUUUAAACCUUGUGGAACAAAACGGAAACUACCAUUUAAUGAAAUGAAGCAUAAUGAACAGACUGCAAAACGUGAGGAACGGGACUUCACAAGAGAGCGCCAUAUGGUUCUUGUCAAUUGCAUAAGGGAGGAACAUGAGCUAAAAAUGAAAAAUAUGUUAGAAGCUCAGAGUUUUAUUAAAGAAGAGCAUGACCUUCAAGUUGAAAAAUUAAAAUUGGAAAUUUUGUUGUUAAAAUCUAAAUUAAAAUAAUACAAUGCUACAGCUAAAAGUGUGUUUCAAUGAACAAUCUUCUUGU